AUGGCCGAUCAGAAACCUGACGCUCCGCAGGAGCAGCGCCCGGGUGUGCCAUCUCGAAACCCGCUUCCUCUGUCGGCGUCGCAGGAGGGCCAGGUGCGAGAUAUCUACUACGGCCGGGUACGCAAGCAGUGCGUGGAGGAGAUCAAACAAUUCGCCGCCUGCGCCCUCGGAAGGACAUUUACAGUGUCGUUCGCCUGCCGUGCCGAGCACCGGGUGAUGAACAACUGCAUGACGAAACACGCGACGCAGGAGGAAUACGACAUUGCCCGCGAGGAGUGGUUCGCGCUACGCAUCGAGAGGCAGCGACAGCGCGAACGCAAGGCCAAGAUGGCGGCUGCCCAGGAGGAAUUCAUGAGGGAGUGGUGGGGUCUGCCCGAGGACGUGAGACUGUCGAGACAGAAGGAGAUGGAGGCCAGGGUGGAGCGCGUGGGCGGCAUGCCAUCCAAGGAUCGACGUCACGGCGAGAGCUGA